AUGAGAAUAACAAUAGAUAUGAUAAAUGAUGCAUAUCAAACACGAAACCCUGCUAAUGAAAAUACAAUAUAUUUAAGAGGUAACAAAAUUAGUAUCAUUGAAAAUUUAGGAGUUACGAAAGACUAUUUUGAAUGCAUAGAUUUGAGCGACAAUGAAAUUAUUAAGUUAAAUAAUAUUCCAUAUUUAGAAAAAUUAAAAACCCUAAUAUUAUGCAACAAUAAAAUCACUCGAAUAGACAAUGAUGUAUUUGAAAACUUACCUAAUUUAAACUCGUUAAUUUUAACAAAUAAUAAAAUCGAAAAAUUAUCUAACCUUAAUGCGCUUUUUAAAGCCAAAAACCUAACGAGACUCAGUCUAUUAGAAAAUUCAGUAUCAAAAGUAGAAAAUUAUAGAGAAUAUUUGAUUUAUAAUUUACCAUCUUUGAAAUAUUUAGAUUUUCAAAAAAUUAAAACAAAAGACCGGGAAGAAGCCGAAGAAGUGAUGAAAACCUUCAACGCAGAUGAUACUGAUACUGAUUAUGAAAAUUAA